CCCCCUACUACUUUCAUCUGGCAGAAUUAAAACCAAAGCUUGGUAUCAGAAGGCGAACAGUACCAGUACCAGUACCAUACUAGUUGAUAAUAAAAUUUUGUGACUCAAUCCAAUUCGCCGGUAUUGUUUUCUUCAAUUGCAGAAAGAGGCACGUUUUCGUACAUUCUCUUUCCCCUUCAUAUUUCUCCCCACGUUAUUUUUACUAGACUUGGUCGCGUGGCCUAUCCUCCUUUCAACCAUCCUACAUAUUCCUCUUCGACUUGUGCCUCGCCAAUUCGUUCGUUUAUACUUGAUAUCACCUGCAUACGACAUACAAUAGAUCAAGCAAGAUGUGUGGAAUAUUCGCAUGUCACUGUCACCCCGACGUCCAGAAAUUCAAGCCAACGGCUUUGAAACUGGCAAAGCAAAUCCGACAUAGAGGACCGGAUUGGAGUGGUAGUGUUAUCUGCAAAAACACGAUCCUUUGCCAUGAAAGACUGAGCAUUGUCGGUGUUGAAUCCGGCGCGCAACCCCUAACCAAUGCCGACGAGACCAUCAUCCUCGCCGUCAAUGGCGAAAUUUACAACCAUCGUUUAAUACGAAAAAACCUAAAGACUCCUUAUCACUUCAAGACUGCCUCGGAUUGUGAAGUUAUCAUUCCUCUCUAUUUGGAAUAUGGACUCGACGCCCCAAAGUACCUAGAUGGUAUGUUCUCAUUUGUUCUGUACGACAAGAACCUCGACCGAACAAUCGCGGCCCGUGACCCAAUUGGUAUCACCACGCUAUACCAAGGUUGGUCUUCGAAGGAGCAAGGUACCACAUACUUCGCUUCCGAGUUAAAGUGCUUGCACUCUGUUUGCGACGAAAUUCGCUCCUUCCCCCCAGGACACGUUUUCGAUACGAAGACCAACGAGACGAUUCGAUAUUACCAACCGAGUUGGUGGGAUGGCUCGAAAAUCCCCGAGACACCCUUGGACCUGAAGCAGGUUCGAGAAGCAUUGGAACGAUCCGUCCGAAAACGGCUUAUGGCUGAGGUUCCCUAUGGUGUUUUGUUGUCAGGUGGCCUCGACUCGAGUUUGGUCGCUUCUAUUGCCCAACGAGAAACCCUGCGGCUGAAGAAAGCUGCGUUGGCUGCUGCCAACGGCAAUGCUGCUGAGCUAACUGAGGAUCCCGACAAGGGUGAAGGUCUAGUUGGUAUCGACGAUGAGAACAAACUCUCGACCGUAACAUACCUACCGCAACUCAACUCCUUCUCAAUUGGUCUACCCGGCUCCCCAGAUAACGAAGCCGCUAUCAAAGUUGCCAAGUUCCUCGGCACGAAACACCAUGUUAUGACCUUCACUAUUGAGGAUGGUCUUAACGCGUUAUCCGAUGUCAUUUACCACCUCGAGACAUACGAUGUAACGACGAUUCGUGCCUCGACACCCAUGUACCUCUUAUCCCGAAAGAUUAAGGCCAUGGGAGUUAAGAUGGUUCUUAGUGGUGAAGGAAGCGACGAGAUAUUCGGUGGAUACCUAUACUUCCACGCUGCGCCGGACAAGAAGGCCUUUCACGAGGAGACUGUUCGUCGUGUCAAGAACCUGCAUCUUGCGGACUGCCUUCGCGCUAACAAGUCCACUUCUGCGUGGGGUCUCGAGGCUCGGGUGCCCUUCCUUGACAAGCAGUUCCUCGAAGUAUGCAUGAACAUCGAUCCCCAGGAGAAGAUGAUCACCAAGGAACGAAUCGAGAAGUGGAUCCUGCGAAAAGCAUUCGACACAUCGGACGACCCCAGCGCAGAGCCUUACCUACCAGACGAGAUCCUAUGGAGACAAAAGGAACAAUUUUCGGACGGUGUCGGUUAUGGUUGGAUUGAUGCUCUAAAGGACAACGCUGAGAUCCACGUCACUGAUGAGAUGAUGAAGAACCCCAAGCCCGAGUGGGGUACUGAUAUUCCGGAUACCAAGGAAGCUUACUGGUACCGAUUGAUGUUUGACGAGCAUUUCCCUCCCCACUGCGCCUCGACGGUGAUGCGAUGGACGCCCACUUGGUCGAAGCAGACUGACCCUAGUGGACGAGCUAUCUCGACGCACAACGCCAAGUACGAAGCAACAGCAUAAGAAAAGGUCCUGUGAUGCUGGAUAAAUAGGGUGAAACCAAACAAAACAGCAGAAGUCUAGGGUUUGAGGUUUCGAUAUUUUACCAUCUUAGGGUCAAUUGCUGGGAACGAUACUAUGCAAGAGAAGAGCUGAGAUUGCGCCAUUAUGGGAAAUACUCAGCAAGUCCGGCAAGUAUUGAUUGGUCUCUUUUGGUUGCUGGGAUGAAGUAUAGACUUGGUGGGGGACUUUACCAGAGUACCUGUAUGUUACCCAAAAAUUGCGACAAUACCAAUAGAGGUUCCCUUGUAUUUGUUUUAAAGCUAUGGCUAUGAUAAGAUGAUGUGUUCGAAUCAGUACAAAGAUUAGUUGAUUUCCUAUGGCAUUACACAGAUGCCUAGAAAUAUGUGCUAGUAUAGCCCUAAAAGGCAUAAAGACAGCAACUGGGCUAUUGCAAUAAGGCAUUGAAAUAGUCCCCU